AUGCGCACCGCCAUCACCGCCACCGGCGGCUACGAGUUCAAGACCGAGGGUGACGCCUUCUUUUCGCCUGCUGCGUCCGCGCCCAGCUCGACCCUGAUGGCCGUUGCCUGGCCCAACUGGCUUGUCAGCGUUCUUCCCAGCGGGGAUCCGGCGGUGUGGAACGGUGUCCGGGUUCGCAUGGGCAUCCACUAUGGCCAAGUCUCGUCGGCAUUUGACGUCCGCGCCGGGCGGACCCAGUACUUUGGCAGCAUGGUCAAUCUCGCGACGCUGGUCUCCGACACUGGGACCGGCGGCCAGAUUGUGACCUCGCGCGAGGUCAUCGACCAGCUCGCUGCCGCCCGAUCGCGUCUCGAUCUCGACGACGCGCACGACAACGCUGCAUUUGCGCCGGCCGAAGUCACCGUCACCCCGCUCGCCAACGUCGCCUUUGAUGGCAUGUCGGCAUCGUGCGAGGUGUGGGAGAUCAUGCCAACGACGCUUGCGAACCGCGCGUAUGACAUGGGCUUGGACCGCAUCAACAAGAUCGCCGCGUCAGCAACGCUGCUUGACGUCGCACCUCCAUCGCCGCUGGUGCUUGGUCUGCCGAUGACGAGUCGCAACGCUGAAGCCGAGAUUCUCACCGAGUCGGAGCAGCCGUCUGAAGCUGAGCCACAGGCCGAGCAGCGCGCCUGCUCUACUCGAGGUCAGCGACGGCAUGCGCCUACCGCGCACUCAGUGAUGCAGGCCGCGCAGGCACGCUCGCAGUCGAUCUCGGAAGCCUACUCUAUUCCUAACGUGUCUCAACUGACACGCGAGGCCUCGCUCUCGCCGUCGCGGCUUUCCCCCGUUGUGUCCGACUCGACGCUCUCGCCGUCGCGUCGCUCGCCCUCGCCGACCGUCCGCAUGCGUGCGCGUGACUCCUCGCGCGACGGCAACUUUACCCUUGUCACCGCCGUGUCUGACGCCGGUCUUGCUGCUCCUUCUCGGCCUCCGCCCCUUGUUGGCAACCUCGCAUCCUCGUCGCCAGAUCUCUUUCCGCGCGACAACUUGGACGCGCCGCUCUCGCCGUCGUCGCGUGCCGCAUCACGCCGCCACCGCCGUCGCCGCCGCCGCAAACCCAGUCGAGCUCCCAAGCUCACUGCCCAUCCCCCUGGCAUCGCCCUUGUCAUUGACGCACACAACUCGGAAGGCUCGCUCGACUAUCCGCCUAUUACCGCAGCUGACUUUCUCUGCACGUACACCUUUGAUUUCACCCACGGCGGCAUUGAGCUUGUUUUCAAUGCUUUUAACACCGAAGUCGACUACGACUACAUGUACAUCUAUGAAGGUACCACAACGCCAGAUGUCUCAAAGCUGGUCGUCAAGCUCAGCGACAUGACGCUCGAGGCCAAGGUCAAUCUCGACAACACUGCCCUCACCUCGCGUGUCGACGUUCUCUACUACCGCUCGGCCUCGACCGAGUUUGCCAUGCGCGUUGCUGGUGAUGACAUCUUCGACCAGCCAGGCAACUCCUGGGAGGCAUACCGGACAAUCGCAUUCCAGGCAACCACCGGCUACGCGUGGUACGAGUCAGAGGCGCCCACAGGCUCCAUUGACAUCGCCACAGACGUCCAUCUCUCCGGUGCAUUCGACUCGACGACCGACGAAUGGUCCAUCUACCUCGACGGCGUCCUCAAGGACUCGCGCAUCAUCCAGGAGAGCAACGCCGACUUUCGCAUGUCGCAGGACGAUCCUGGCCUCCACAUGGGACAUUUCCGUGUCAAGUGGGAUCAAACCGAUCGCGUCUGGGACGUCCGCAUCUGGAACUACUCCCGUUCGGCAGCCGAAAUCGCCGCGGAUGUCAACACUGCGCUCACCGGCUGCGAAACCGGCCUUGUCGGCCUCUUUCGUCUUCAGGGCUCUGACAACUCCAACCAGGCUGGCGUCGGCUGUGGCGGCUCCGUUGCCGGCCAGUGCGCGCCCUGCACCACCUGCGCGCACCCUAACGGCAUGGACUGCGCCGGCACCUGCGAUGGCAACGCCAUCCUCGACGCAUGCAACGUCUGCUCCGGUGGCACCACCAACCGCCAGCCCAACGCUGAUCGCGACGACUGCGGCGUGUGCUUUGGCGGCAACGCCGAUCGCGACGACUGCGGCGGCGCACAUUUCGACGCGUGUGGCGUUUGUGGCGGCAACGCCACUGUAUGCUACGUCGGCUGCGACGGCGUCUACGGCUCGAGCAUCCACUACGACUGCCACGGCGUGUGCGGCGGCAACGCCACCAUCGACAGUUGCGGCAUGUGUGCCGGCGGCAACGUCUCGACUCCGCUCCCGUACAACUACCACCUCGACUCGUGUGGCGUGUGCUUUGGCCAGGAUCUGACCUGCACCACCUGUGCGUCCGGAGUCCUCGAUGCCUGCGGCGUGUGCGAUGGCGACAACUCGACGUGCGUCGGCUGCGACGGGAUCCGUGUCUCUGACGGCGGCGCGCUCUUUGAUCUCUGCGGUGUCUGUGGCGGCGACGGCUCGUCGUGCAUCAUGGGCUGCGACGGCGUCCUCGGCUCGUCCGCCACCUACGACUGCACCGGAACUUGCAGCGGCACCGCCGCCAUCGACGAGUGCAACUCGUGCACCGGCGGGACGUCGCUCAUUCCCACGGCCAACUUUUUCCGCGACGACUGCGGCAUCUGCUUCCGCGGUAACGUCGAUCGCGACUCUUGUGGCGUCUGCUUUGGCGGCGACGCCGAUCGCGACGACUGCGGCGUGUGCCGUGGUCACAACGCGGCCAUGGACGACUGCGGCGCUUGCUUUGGCUCCAAUCUCGCCAAGGACGACUGUGGCACUUGCUACGGCAACAACACCGUGUGUGCCGGCUGCGAUGGCAUCCCCAACUCGGGAAAGACGCUCAAGUCGUGUGGCAUGUGCUCGGCGGCAGAUGUGGAGUGUCCACCGAACACCAAGACCACCGAGGGCGGUGUGUCAAUUGUGACGGUGGCUGCCAUGAGCGGGGCGCUUUUGGUCCUGUGCCUUGUCCUCAUCGCCGCAAUUGUUCUCCUCUACCGGUCGCGGCGGUCAGCGUCUGUCUCGGCGUACCACGCCGCACUGGCGGACAAGGCGCCCCAGGGCGAGAUCUUUAUUGUCACCACCGACAUCCAGGACUCGACCGCCCUGUGGGAGGCCAAUCCAGAACAGAUGAUCCUUGUUCUCGACAAGCACAACGAGAUCAUGCGCGCCGCCAUUGCCGCCACCGGCGGCUACGAGUUCAAGACUGAGGGCGACGCUUUCUUUGUCGCCUAUGAAGAUGUCGAGGCCAUGAUCAGCUUUACUUGCGGUGUCCAACGCGCGCUUAUGGACGUGUCGUGGCCAAACUGGUUGCUGAGCCUCAUGGCCGAGGGAAGACCCGCCGGCCUCGCCCAGCCGUGCGAAAUCUGGGAGAUGCUUCCAGCUGACCUUGCUUCUCGCUCGCUGUGCUUUACCGACGACCGCAUGCGGCGCAUCGCCAGAUCAGCCACCCUGCUCCCUGGUGACGUAUUUGCCAGCGUCUGGCCCGACGAAGACGCCACCCCCAGCGACAUUGUGGCCGCACCGGCGCUCGCCAAUCGCAUGACUACAAAGCAAGCGCUCAGCUCGCUCGGCAAGUCAACAACCAACACCUUUCCCAUGGCCAACUCCCUCGCCACCAGCAGUCCACCCAACACGGCUGCCGAUCCACCAUCCGGUGUUGCCCUCGUCGAAGCACUUGUGCGUCACUCGAUCGAGGGCACUUCGCCCUCGGAGAGGCUCGCAAACUCGCGCGGCCGCUCUCCGUCUGGCACCAGGCUGUCCCGCCCGCGCUCGAUUUCGCUCCGUUCAACCGAGUAUCAUAACUAG